AUGGGGUCACGAGAUAAAGUCUCCACCAUACUUGCUUCCCAGUUUGCUUACUUUCAACAGUUCACCUUUGUUAUUAAACACAAAGCUGGUGUACUUAAUAAGGUUGCAGAUGCGCUUUGUCUUCGGCAAUCACUUCUCUCGACUCUCCAUACAUCGGUACCUGGUUUCUCUGUUCUUCCUGACAUGUAUCCAACCGACAGUUUCUUUGGCAAAUUCUGGAUUGAUGCGGUUGAGGGUCGUUGUUCGGAUUAUUUCGUGUUGGAGGGUUUUCUUUUUCGAGGGAUUCAAUUGUGCAUUCCAGAAUGUAGUCUUGGAUUACAAAUCAUCAAAGAAUUUCAUAGUGAGGGUCAUGUGGGCCGCGAUCGUACACUCCAGCUAGUGACUCAUUCUUAUUUUUGGCCUUCCUUACGAAGAGAUGUAGAACGGUACGUCUUACAUUGUGGUAUUUUCCAAGCUUCUAAGGGUCAUGCCUCUAACCUACACAGCCAUGGUCUGAUAUUAGCGUUGAUUUUUGUUCUUGUAUUACCACGAACACAGCGUGGUCACGAUUCUAUCAUGGUUGUUGUUGAUCGCUUUUCCAAAAUGGCUCACUUUUUAGCUUGUAGAAAGAUGACCGAUGCAGCGCAGGUGAGGAGUCUUUUCUUUCAAGAGAUCUAUAAACUUUAUGGUUUGCCGCAGUCUAUAGUAUCUGAUCGAGAUUCAGAUUUCUUGAGCCAUUUUUGGAGGGGACAAUAUCAAAACAUGGGAUUCAACCGAUUCCCUCCAGGUAUGUAUAACAAGCUGAAGCCAAGGAAGAUUGGGCCUUUGGAUAUCUUGGAGAAGAUCAGUGGAAACGCGUAUCCGUUGCGUCUUCCGCCGGAUAUGAAUACUGCUGAUAUCUUCAAUGUAAAGCAUCUUAGUUCAUUUCAUGGGGAUGACGAUGUAACAAAUUCAGGGUCGAAUUUUUCUUCACCUGGGGCGACCUGA